AUGCACGUGGAGGGCGAGUAUAAGAACAUGCUCAACAAAACCGUGAACUACACGCACUGGAGGGCGGGAAAUUCAAGGGCUGCUGAAUUUGAGGACUGCGUGAUGCUUACAGAUACAGGGUGGCUCGAAAGCGACUGUUCUAUGUCGACAGUCGCAAUUUGUUCAGAAAAAUUGCAAGAACCAUUUGAGAGGAGACCAAAGUCAACAUUCCAAUCAAAAGCCCCUCAAUCAACUACAUACAGGACAAAAACACGGGCCUCAACAAACUCCUGGUCUACAAAAGAAAACUCAACAUUUCUUACCGCAACAACGACGUCAGAAAGCCUAAGGUCGACAGCAUCCCACUUAAGAACGUCACUAUCAACGGCAUUCCGUUUGAUGACGUCUACAUCAACCACACCAAAGUCAACAACAACGAGAAUGCCACAGGACACAGCUCUAUUUAUCAGCCAGUCAACAACACCACUAACUUCAUCAACACCACCACUAACUUCAUCAACACCACCACUAACUUCAUCAACACCACCACUAACUUCAUCAACAACACAGUCAACUUCAUCAUCAACACAGUCAACUACUCCCAAGCUAACGACAUUCCACUUGACUCCUCUCCAAGAAAUAGAAUCGAACUCUACCACCACGAAAUUGACAAGACUGUACUCAACAUUUCUGCAUGCAGUGUCACCAAUUACAAAACAGCGGGGCUGUUUGUGUCCAUGCGGAAGAACGCAAAACGUCAUCAUUGAAAAUGAAGCUGAAUUGAAGAUCAAGGUCGAAACAUUGAAGAAAGCGCUUAGUAUUGAUAAAAGUAUCUUAUCUAGGUCAAUUCGACAGCGAACCUCUGUCCUGGAUGCCCGGCCUUCUGUUUACAUAGUGGGCGGUACCCUGUGUUUUGUGGCAGUUCUUGUGUUAGGGUUGAUUGUAUUCAGUGAUGUGCGUAGACUGUGUUGUGACGUCAAACGGGGUCGCUGCAGACAUUUCAAAAUGUCAGUGAAGAAAGAUAAAGCAAAAAAUAAAGAAGGAGAAAUCAAAUCAGAAAUGAAGUGCGAGUCUGUAGUUGGAUUAAAAUGGAGGAUUUCACAAAUCGGAAAAUCAUUCUCAGUUUCGACCAAAUUUGACCAUUAAUAUCAAAUAGAGGGUUGGGGUUUUUUUUAUAGCAAGAUUGGUGGUGUUCGACUUCAUACAGUAUUAUAAUUAUAUUCCCAUAUUCUAUGUAAAUUUUGUGAGAUGCGUUAAAUAUAGAAUGGGAAACUACAUGUGUGAUCUGUAAAUUAAAUAAUGAAAUUCAUA